ACUCGGCCAAUUUCGCCAAACUGCCACAAAUGCAUUCAAACCCUUCUUAUCUAUAAACGAAGUAAGGGUUCGCCGUCACUAGAUAACAAGCAAACAUUUAGCCUAUUUUGCACAAUUUGGAUGCAGUUUUUGUCUGAUAUUGUUUAUCUUAUCGUGAACGAGAAAUGGCAAAAAAAACCCAAAACUGCAUUAAACCGUGCACAGCAUGUCUAGACGACGGCGGGGGCACUUGAUGAUGCCAUUGAUUUCAGUUUAUAUUAAACACGCUUCCAAUAGCAACGUGUUGUAGAACGUUCGUGCACGACACGGCAGGCCAACGGUGAACAGCAUCGGGCUGCCCUUCCCUCCCCAGACGUGUACAUCAUGAUUGGUGAGCCCGAAUCGUUACCGUUGCAAACAGUGCGCCGACCGCAGCAGCAGCAGCAGCAGGGAACAACCACGGAGCAAGGGGAAGAGGUUGAGCACGGUGUGGAGGUGACAGGAGGCACCACCGGUAGUGCGAAUGAAGCUCGCACGCCCACGAUCGACGUGCACAACAUUGCGGGGCUAAUCACGAUCCUGACGGUGAACAUACACCAGCUAGAGUCGUUGCUGCAGGUGGGCUCGGAUUUGGGCUUCAAGUUCUGGCUCAACAUUGUGCUGGUGGCCAUCUCGAUUGUCUGUGUGUACCCGCUGCUAGUGCUGCGCAUGCUGCAGGGGGAGGGUAUUGCGCCCUCGCCACGCCGCUACUGGGCCAGCUUCGUGCUGAUGGUGAUCAUCUUCACCAUCAAUCUAACGCUGCAGAUUUUCAACGACUUGGACGCACAGUGUACUGCCCUGUUUAAUCAAGCGUUACCACCGGCGGGGCCACCACAGCAGCCACCCAACUGCAGUGCAGUCUGAGCCGGCAAUGGAACGAAUUCGGAGGCCAUGGUCUGAACGCCGCAAGGAAUGCAUUGACUUGCUACACAUUAUCCUGCUAUUCGCCACAAUACUGUCCGUGAAUGUGGCACAAACGAUCAACUAUCACCGUGCACACAGCGACAACAACAGCACGGCCGUUAGUGUUUUGUUCUGGCUCGCUAUUUUGGCCAUUAUAGUCGUAGCGGUGUUGCUGGUGGCCAAUGUAAUGAUACUGUUUUGGCCGAAGCGUUCGCCGCGGACUCGCUCCAUCGACAUACUACAGACGCGCAAUGUUAGUGUUGUAAUGCAUCUUGCGCUCGUUUCGCUCAACUUGGUGCUGCAAAUAUUCAACGAAAUAUCCUUCUUUUGUGAUAUCCCUACGUAGUGUGAUAGUAGCUGCUGCUUGCCUUCAUGAUGCCUGCCUUCCGAGACUUCGUUAAAAAGGAAAUACGUUAAUUUAUUGUACGCUGGUGUUAGCCUUUCGUUUUUGCUUUAACUUAUAAUUGUAAACGCAUAACCAACGAUUGUCGCACGCGCACGCGUCGCUGAAUAGUAAAAGAUUGGGCAUUAAUUAAAGGAUUUGAAUAAUAUUCACUCUCCCGUUUGGCGCAUUCCCUCCCUUAGUUUGUUUUACACACCCGAGAGGCGAUAGUUACAGUUACCCAACAGGCCAUGGUCCAAAAUACAA